ACAUUCUCUUAUGAGUGACGAGCGUGUUUUCCUUACUGCGGUAGUCGAGUUUUAAAAAUUUGCGUGUGAACGGAGACUUGGAGAAUAAGAGAGAGAGAGAGAGAGAGAGAGAGAGAGCGAGGCGUGAAGCAAGCACGAUAGCAAAUAUAUGUUAUAUGUACAUUUAUGUAUACAUAUAAUUGCACGUGAGGCAGCUGCUGGGCAGAUUUUGUAAUAAUUCGUUACUUGAGAAAAAGUAGAAGCUCAAUAUCAUCACAAUGUGCGACGACGAGGUUGCUGCGCUCGUAGUUGACAAUGGCUCCGGUAUGUGCAAGGCCGGUUUCGCCGGUGACGACGCGCCCAGGGCCGUCUUCCCCUCGAUCGUCGGAAGGCCCCGACAUCAGGGCGUAAUGGUCGGCAUGGGCCAGAAGGACUCGUACGUCGGCGACGAGGCCCAAUCGAAGAGAGGUAUCCUCACCCUCAAGUACCCGAUCGAGCAUGGCAUCGUUACCAACUGGGACGACAUGGAGAAGAUCUGGCACCACACGUUCUAUAAUGAACUGCGUGUCGCCCCCGAGGAGCACCCCGUCCUCCUCACCGAGGCUCCCCUCAAUCCCAAGGCCAAUCGCGAGAAGAUGACGCAGAUCAUGUUCGAGACUUUCAACACGCCCGCCAUGUACGUGGCGAUCCAGGCUGUGCUCUCGCUUUACGCAUCCGGUCGUACCACUGGUAUCGUCCUCGACUCCGGCGACGGUGUCUCCCACACUGUGCCAAUCUACGAGGGAUACGCUUUGCCCCACGCCAUCCUCCGUCUCGACCUCGCCGGGCGCGACCUUACCGACUACCUCAUGAAGAUCCUCACGGAGCGCGGAUACUCAUUCACGACGACCGCCGAGCGUGAAAUUGUCCGUGACAUCAAGGAGAAGCUUUGUUACGUCGCCCUUGACUUUGAACAGGAGAUGGCCACCGCUGCCUCCUCGUCGAGCCUCGAGAAGAGCUACGAGUUACCCGACGGCCAAGUCAUCACCAUCGGAAAUGAGCGCUUCCGUUGUCCCGAGGCACUAUUCCAGCCCUCGUUCCUGGGUAUGGAGGCCUGCGGCAUUCACGAGACGACCUACAACUCCAUCAUGAAGUGCGACGUCGACAUACGUAAGGACUUGUACGCCAAUACGGUGCUCUCCGGUGGUACCACCAUGUACCCUGGCAUCGCCGACAGGAUGCAAAAGGAGAUCACCGCUCUCGCCCCCUCGACCAUGAAGAUCAAGAUCAUCGCACCACCCGAGAGGAAAUACUCCGUAUGGAUCGGAGGCUCGAUUCUCGCCUCGCUUUCGACCUUCCAGCAGAUGUGGAUCUCCAAGCAGGAGUACGAUGAGUCAGGUCCGUCCAUCGUGCACAGGAAGUGCUUCUAAGCUGUGCCCGCGCGGAGAUGCCCGGCGUCAGGAGGAGUGUAAGAGGACAGACAGACGGACACAGCAACAUGAGACGAGGAGAGACGGGGAGAGAGAGAGAGAGAAAAGAGAGAGAUCAACAAAAAAAAAAGAAGAGCUAGCGCCUUCUUCAAUCAUCCUAUUCCUUCCAUUUCAACCCUUUCGCAUCCCUAUACACACGUAUUCAUAAAACAUAAGAUCACAUUUUUCUCAUUACCUGUCAUUCGCCAAUUCCGACCGCUCGUCGUUCCCUUCUUCCUUUCACCCUCCAUUCCCUUCUAAAGUCGACAAAAAAGAGAAAAAGAAAGAGAUACGGAGAGAGAUAGAGAGAGAGAGAGAGAGAGAGAGA